UACUAUGUAUCCGUUUAGGUACCAGAUAGCAAAGCCGCAUGGCUGAGUGUAGACGUCUAGAAGAAGUGAUUUUGUUUUAAAAUAUUUUGGAAAGUGAACAGUGUUAUAAAAGAAACCCUAAAAUAUCAUGUGUGAAAAUAUGACCAAAUACUUCCUCAUAGUAGUUGCUGCCGUGAUGAUGGUGCAAACUGAAGCCAAAGAUAUACCUGCAUUGGUAACGAACAACAAGUUAGGACCAACGUACAACGAAUUGCUCUAUAUCCUCCAAUCUAGACACGGGGAGAAGGGUAACCGGCCGAAGCACUUAACGCCAUGCGCCCGAGCCAUAUUGGGAUGCUGUAACAACAGAGUGAUGAAUGAGACUUGUUCUGAAAAUCUCAAAUGUGGAGCGUACUUUUUUGACGACAACCCCUGUGAAGACAAAUUUAUCGUGGACGCUUUGAAUGCCGCAAAACUAUUUUACGAACAGUUUAACUUAGUAGCCGCGUAAUAAAAUGAUUAUAAGAGGCAUAUAAGAGGCCAUCGGUUAAGGAAAAUGCGCUAAGUAAAUCUUAUUCAGUUACUAAUUCGCCAGUGACGGGAUAAUAAUAACCUCCAUUAAAUUAAUAUACCUACUUAAGUAUUCAAGAUCCACACAAGAGAAAAGUAAAUGCAUAGAAAUGUGAAUAUUAGUGAAAUACCAGAAAGUUUCUUUACUGCAAGGUAUGCGAUGAACUUGCUAUAACCUUACCUUCGUUUGCUAUAACCUUUACAAACGGGUAAAAAUAUCUACUCGUUUAGUCAAAGGAUAUUUAAAGGACAUUUAUAGAAUAAUUUUAUGUACCUACGUGUUUUAUGGUAUUUGUACAUCUUACAUUACUUGUAUAAAUUGUACCCAGCGGCGUGCAGGCUAUAGAGGCAUAAAACACUGCUUACCCUACUUGAAAUAGCUCAAUGUUCAGUUUUCAUUAUGCCUACCUGAAAAGAGGUACGUGCCUAAUACUUACUUACCCUGACUUUAAACCUUAUGCACGCCACUGUUAGUAUACUUAACUCUUUAUAGAUCUGAAUUAGUAAAAUUAAAACACUACAGUAUAACUGCUUCUAGGUAUUACUU